AGAGGGAGAGAAAAAGAGAGAGCUGAGCACCGUCUCCUCUUCUUCCUAUCAUAUUACUCCUCUCUCUCCCUCCAAAUCUGCCCCUCAAUUUAAUCUACCCGUAAAGAAUCUCUUUUGCUUGUUUCUCACUCUAAUUCUGCAGCACAAAUUUCUGUAUUGGCUGUUUACUUUGUGUUCUAUCAUCUCCAGCUUCUCCCCCAUUUCUAAAAACUCAAAACUCUUCUGGGUCCUCUCUAAUUUACAGGAAAAAGAAGGAAUAAUUUGUUAAAUUUAUAGCUUAAUUUCCGUUAAAUAGUGAAAGAUUUCACCUUUUUGAUCAAAUUACGAGAAUUUGAGGGUACCCACUGCCUAUUUUCCAGAUAAUGGAGAGUUUUUCCGGGAAAAGGAGACCCUCGAUCAAUCUCUCCCUUUUCACCAAUUUCUCGGAGUCAUUUUCCUCUCCAGGCCCUACCAAAUCCCCUAGAAACUUCGAAAAUGGGGUCGUUGGGUUAGGCAUAGUGGCAGCUAUGACUGAUUCCAGCAAUACACAGGAAGUAGUUUCACCUCCAAGAUCCACCCCUAUAUCUAUAGUGUCAUCUGCUAAACCGACGGCGAAUUUUAGAUGUGGUCUGAAUUUGGGGAGGGAUGGGGAUGUUGAGAUGGAUGAGUUAUCCGAGAAUUACACUUGUGUGAUUUCUCGAUUGGGUAAUAAUUUGAUCAAGAAAAGUGUCUACUUUGGUGAUGAAAAGAAUUGCAGUGUGUUUGCUGCUUCUUCCUGGCCUAUGAACGUUGCUGUCAGGGAGGAGAUUUGGGGUGCGGACUUUCUGAGUUCUUGCUAUCUUUGCAAGAAGCAGCUCCAGGGACUGGACAUUUUCAUGUACAGGGGGGAAAAAGCAUUUUGUAGCACUGAGUGCCGUGACAAAUAUAUCAGAAGUGAUGAUCACAGAGAGAAAUGUGGGUCUGAAGCCAGGAAACAACUUGAAUGCUCUGCGUCUCCUUGCUCUGGACCACCUGUGUUUCUGUCUGGUGUAGCCGCUGCAUAGAUAUCUCAGUUUCAUACCAAUAUAUAUAUAUAUAUAUAUAUUACUGAAAAGAAUAAAAAGAAAAGUAUCUAAAUAAGCUUUUGUUUGGUGGAAUGAGCAACGGUUGAAAGAAUUUUGCUGAAGGCUUCAUCAGAUAAUCUCCAUAUCUCAGAUUAUAUUAAUUUUGAACGAGGCCUGGGGAAAUAUUUUUGUACCUCAGUGAGACUGAGAACUGAUCUGAGUUUGUUGAACCAAGGGCAGGAGAGAUAUAAGGGAUAUGAAUUCUAUUCUUACAUAUAUGGUCAACUCUAUUGGUAUAUUUAAAUAAUUAAAGGUGAAUUUCUUAU